AUGCGCUCCGCUUUCCUCACUUCGACGCUCUUCUUCGCCGCUAGUGUCCCUGUGAUGGCAGCGAGUUCGUCAUCCAAGGGUUGCUACAGUGAUGCGACACCAUUGAAGGAUCAAGGACCUUACACCUUCCAGAGUUCAGGAUACUGUAAAACACAGUGCACAAAGAAAAAUAAGGCUGUGUAUGCGCUGUACCAAGGUUCAAACUGUUUAUGUGGAGAUGAAAUCCCAGCAUCGUCGAAGAAGGUUUCCGAUGAUGAGUGCGACGUCUCUUGCAACGGUUAUCCUUCUGAUAAGUGUGGCGGUGAUAACGCUUAUGCUGUUUACCUGACCGGCGAAAGUGACGAUGUCAAAACCUAUGGAUCAUCAAGUUCCACUGAUAGUAGCUCAUCGACUUCGACCGAUGGUACUGUUGAGACCUCUGGAGGACAGACCGUCACAGCGACCGCUGCGAGCGAGACUGGUUCAACUAAUGAAACCUCGAAGGACUCGGGCCCCAACACAGCAGCUAUCGCGGCAGGUGUGGUGGUAGGUGUUGUCGGAUUCUGUGCCUUGGUGGGUGCUGGCUUCUUCCUCUGGCGCUUCCGGAAGCGCAAGGGCAUGCAAAACGAAUACUCUCGCAAUGCGCACAUCGACAACUUUGGCAAGCCCAAGUCCACAAGUUCAAUGUCGGACUCGAGGUUUGACGGUGACUUUUUGGCCCAAAGACGCCAGAGCAACGGCAGCAUUGAUGACGAUCAAGACUUUUCGCGUCGGAUUCUAAAGGUGACGAAUCCCGACCGAUCAUAA